AUGAAAAAUAUUCUUUAAAUCGUUUUACAGCAGAUAAAGUUAAUAAAAAAUUUAAUUGAGGGGAUCAUGGCUCAGAAUAAAAAGAGCAUCCUAGCGAAUAAGACGAUGUAGUAGGGACAUACAUAUAUAUUGGGUUAGCCAUAGAAACGAGAAUCGAAUGAUAAUGUACGAACGAAUCAUCAGACUCAACUGGUUAAUAAAAUUAGAUGCUUGAUUAUAAUUGAUACCUUCUUGAAGAAAGAAGAAUUCCACUCUACUCUGAACAGGAUAGGUGGAGGGAAUAACUCUAUUCUAUCAAUUUUAGUAUCAUUUUAACUGAGAUAGAAAUUUCUAGAACUAAAAACACACGUCAUAUUAUUAUAAGAAGUGAAUUAACAGAUAAAGUAAGAGUUGAUGGAUUAGGUUACAGAUGACAUACAAAAGAUAGGAAUGGGAAACUACUUGCAGUGGCAGUAAUUAAAAACCUAAUUACAAAGAGGAGAUAAGAUUUAGAAAUCAAAAACUCAAUUUUAGUUUAAAUUUUUUUUGGUGGAAGAUUUUCUCUAUUAGUUGAAUCAAAACGAUAAACAACAGAAAAAAAAGAAUAAAGAACAGUAUUGAAUAAGAUGCAAAUGCAUGCUUUCAUAUUAGGAGGAAACUUAAAUGAUACAAUUGGAAAGAAAGAAACAUUAAAUUACGAUGUAGUAAGUAAAAAAAGG